GUAUGUACCAAUUUAGGUCCCUACUGUUGUUUCCAUGACAACUAACUAUGCCAGACUGCCUCUCUUGUGUCACUUAGUUGCACAUUUUCUGUAUAUUUCUGCAAGAGUCAGACUUUCAAGCUCAGCACUUUUGUUUUGUAAGGGUAGGAAGAUUCUCUUUAAACUUUUUAAUAGAGAAUUAUAAGCUGGAAUGCUCAUUUAUUGAAUUAUUAUUAUUAUUGUUCUCUCCAUUUUACCCACAGGCUAUACUUUAACCUGUAAGAACUUUGUGUCCUGGAACCUUCACAUCCUCUAUAGAUGGAGAAUAAUUUUCAAGAAUUUUCUGGUUACCAUGGAACUCUAAUUAACCCUUAUCCCUACUGGUUGUGCUCCAACCAGGAUUGUCCAAAAUGUCCCUACCAUAUAAAAACAGGAGAAGAAUCUCGGGUCACUUAUGGAGAGUUUUAUGAAGCUUUUGGAUUUCCAUAUGGUCCUACAGUACCUGAAAACAAACAACUUAUAUUUUUUGAGUUAAAGAAUGUUUCAGGAGCAGUGAUACAGAAAGGGCAUGUCACAAACUGUCUUCGCGUGAGUCUUCAUGCUGAAUCCAUUUUAUUUGAACUAAACGGUUAUCUAGACUCGUUACUCUACAGAUAUGAAACUGUUGGCUACAUCACCCUUUACUCAAACUAUACACCUUGCAAUGAGUAUGAUCAUUACUGCAUCAGCAAAAUGUAUGAUCUUUUGAUGAGAUAUCCACAAACAAGACUAGAUAUCUAUUUUUCUCAGCUGUAUCAUAUUGAGGACAAUAUUUCUACAUCCAUUUGGAACGGUGAAGCUUUAAAGAGUCUUGCUGGCCUCUGGUCAAGAGUGACAUUAAAUCCGAUAAGCAAUGGAAUUUGGCAAACUAUUCUUUACACGUUUGUAAAAGGAGUCCCUUCAGAAACUCUGUAUCAACCAAUCUUGCCAGCCAGGGCGACAGCUGACCGUUACAAUGCGCAUAUGAUACAAGUGAUUACUGGGAUUAAACCAUAUUUUGUGGAUGUUCCUUCACCGAUGCAUAAACCUCAAAAUAUUAACUGUUACCAAGAGUUACCCAAGAAUAAUAUAAAUUAUAUUCCAGCCCCACAGCCUCAAAACAGCAGCAAUCAGUAUGCACCAUUUUUUGGAGCAGGAACGCAUUUUCCUGGUGCUCCUGUAUUUCCUUUCCAGCGGGAAGAGGUGUCUAAACCCAAAAAUAUUGUCCGGCACAUACGAAUGCCCAUAGAUAUGAGUGAGGAAAUGAAAUUAGGCACGUUUUUACCCAAUACCAGAAAAAUUAAUGAGGUCGUUAUCACUGAGAACGUUAUAAAGGAAAAGGACAAAGAUAGGAAGAAAAAGAGGAAGACCAAGAAAGGAAAAUCUUAAGAAAACAUUUUCUAAAGAACCAGCAAAUUAUCUUCUGAUGCUGAAGAAGGUUUGGCUCAGAAAGUUGUGUGAACUUUCUCAUUUUCAGAAAAAGAAGUCUACUUGUGGUUGAGCAUUAAGAUCUGGAUAAUAGUGUAAUUGGUAAAUAAGCCCAGCUUCCUAAACAAUAUCAAAGUUAAAGGGACUUGAAACCCAAAAAUUGUAUUUCAUGAUUCAGAUAGAGCAAACAAUUGUAAACAACUUUACAAUUUACUUUUAUUAUUUAAUUUGCUUUGUUCUCUUGGCAUCCUUUGUUGAAAACCAUACCUACGUAAGCUCAGAAGCCGGGAGGUAGCAGCUAAUUGGUGGUUGCAAAUAUAUGCCUGUUAUCAUUGGUUUACUCAUGUGUUCAGCUAGCUCCUAGUUGUGCCUUGCUGCUCCUUAAACAUAGGAUACCAAGAGGAAUGAUGCAAUAGAAGAAAAAUUUCAUUUCCCUUUAAAGCGUUGUGAAACAUUUUAAGAUUGUAAUACAAAAUGUUUAUUUAUGCAAAGUAAGAAAGGUUUGCAAUAUACUUAAUUAUUUAUUUUGCCCCCUUUCAUGUAAUUUAACUAUGAAAAGUCUGAGAAUUGGAAGUGCACACUACAGACUUCAAAUGAAUGCCUCACCCUUCUACAUAUUCGUCUCUAAUUGACCUCAGCAAAGGUGAUAUGAAACAAUACCAAAAACAAAGCAAGUUUUGCUGAGAAAUGACAAUGACAAACCUUAUCUACUCAAGUAGUAAGAACGGAUUGGCUCCUCCAGGCUAGUGGCGGUGGUGGGGAGUUUCACCAUUAAAAAAUAAUUACAGCGAACAUGGUGUUAAUGUAUUCUGAUUGUUUAGCAUGUGGCUAGUAUGUUUAUUUAUAGCAAGACUUGUAUUACCUGUGUUUUAUGUUCAUUUAAUGUAGGAGGUUUUGAUCCAGCUUGUGAAAGAGACAAACUUGGUGGAAUCAAUUCUUAUCUUUGUGCUGAUCUUUGUGCUGGGUCCUUCCAACUUAAAACUGAAAACACUUUGAAAAGACACUGCCAUUACAGAGAUGUUUAACUAUAUAAUGACAAACAACAGUAAAUCAAAUGUUGUUAAAUGAAGGUUAAAUUCAAACUCUAAUCUCACAUAAAAUGUUUAUUAAAGGGACACUGAAACAA